CAGGAGGUGGAGCGAAUUCUCGGCAGAGCAAGCAGAGCACGAAGAGCAGCGGAUCUCCAACAGCUUCGGGAGCAGCAGCGACAGCAGGCUUCGAACAUCGUCGAGUCUUGUCGUGGCAUGGGCGCCAAGAAUGAGGGAAGGGAGGAAGGGAAGAAAGAUCAUGAGAGGAAGUGAGAAUCGAGCGAAUAAAGUUGCAUAAAUUGCAUCGCUGCUGUUGGCUGUUGGAAGUAGUAUUGCACCUGCACCUGCUCUGCACUUGCUGCUGAUGCUGCUGCUGCUGCUUAUGCCUAUCCUGAAUUGGGCUUUACCUGUGUCUGGUGUUGAGCUUUGGGAACAUACCAACUGACAUUCCUAUCAUGACCGCCAUGUCGAUUUUUGAUGACUGACCGACCGACUGCAGCGUUGCUUUUCCCGCCGCUGUGCUACUCUCCGUGCUCCCAUCUCCUCUUCCAACGACCCUCAUCUACCUACCGACUCCAAGGACUGAGAAAGGCUGGUCAGUUUGCGUUGAAUAAUCUCCCUGUACCGCACUCGAGUGGUAGUUUUUUUUUUAAUUUGUUAGAUUUGUCGGUCGUCGAAUUGUUUGACUGCUUGCUUGUCGGAGACUUGCGGAGGGUUUAUCAGUGACGAGGAGGGGGAGCAGCUCUAAUGGGUGGUUAGCAUCCACGUCAAAUCUCCGAUUUCGUACAGCUAGUGGUUGCUUUAUUGGCUGACAGAUUCAGUGGCCGCACAAGCUUGGCAUGAGUUCAUGAAGUUAGUUAGACUAGGAGGAAUUCUCGUAAUCUUUCUUUAGGCUAUUUGACGAACGCUUUGCUUACCUCUAGCUUUUCGCGAGCCUCUGCUGCAUGUGCUCGGCGCUUCGUCAUGAUUUCCAUCAUGGGGUUUGCCUGGAUUGCCUGUAAAAUGCGGCUUUGGCUUAUUGAGCAGGUAGCAACGUGUAGAGAGUUGGAGAUCGAUGGGAUGGUAUGUCUUGAAGGCGUGAUGAGUUACAACACCGAAGGCUGAGAAUGCAGAUUUGAGCAAGUGUGAGGAGGAAGAACUAUUUUGUCGGGGUAGGAAGCACCGCAUUGGUGCUACGAAGUCGAGACGCAAAAUUUUUGAGCCAUGGAGUAGAGCAGAGGAAAGCUUGACUGGGUCUAAAGUGCCUAAGUUUCUGAUUCUGACAGGUUCUAGAGCUGGCGUUUAGAGGCAUUAGAUCAUCUGGAACGAUGCGUAAUUAGUAUCACACAACCUGGUGGCAGAGAGUUGCGUUGAAGGUCGGGGAUCUGUUGAGAAACCAAAGCGACAUCAUUCGAUGGCGGAGCUGAUGGACCGAUUGUCAGAUUCUUUGCUGCUUGAAAUAUUGGAGAGGGUAGCAGAUGUGAAUUCUUUGGGCCGAUUGAAGGCCGUUUCCAAGAGGAUGCAACAGCUUGUACAGCAAGUGAGCGUGGUGGUGGUGAAGGUUGAUAGCGUGGUGGCCGGAGAAGAAAGCAGUCUCAGCGCUAGGGAGAGGAUACUGACUCACUUCGUUCAGUUCGUGGUCGGCAGAAUCGUAAGACCCCUACACGCUCUGCAGCACCUGCUGGGAAGAGAAAAGAGGAUAGUGGCGGAGGUGUCCAGGCACACUCCUCUGGAGGUUUUGAGGAACUUCAGGGCUGUUCAAAGCUUGAGGAUCGUGCUUCCUCGAGGAGAUGUCAUCGAGAACGGUGUGCUUCUUAGGUGGAAGGCCGAGUUUGGGAGUAGUUUGGAAAGCUGUGUGAUGCUGGGUGCCGAUUCUGUGAUCAAUGCGGGGAUCCAGAAAUCGGAGCACACGAAAUCAGUUCCGCUGGACAAUGGCCGAAUUCCGGAAUCUUUUUAUGGCGGAGAUAUGAAACUGAGGGUGAUUUGGACGAUAAGCUGUUUCUUCGCCGCCUCCCAGCGGCAUACUCUGCUUCAAGAGAUCCUCUUGGAUCACCCCACCCUGGAACACGUCAUGGUUUUGGACGCUGAUGGGCAGGGUACAAUGUGCAUGGACCGAGACCAAUUACUGGACUUUCAAGCCAAAGCUGCCGGAGUGGUGAGUCCCAUUUUGAGCAGAGGACAAGUUCCACUCUUGAAUAUCAAGCUUUGGUAUGCACCCGUUCUGGACCUUCCUGGCGGUAUUCGAUUGAAGGGUGCUUCUUUGAUAGCGAUCAGGCCUAGCAACCAGCCUGUCGGUAAGCAAGUCGAAGCUUAUGUGUCUGAUGCCUUUGAAGAGCCAUACACAACAGCAGCGAGCAGUCUCAUCAGAAGACAUCCCCCUUUAAAACAUGAACUCCUGUUAGGAUAGGCUGGCAUGUGAAGUCUGUACAAACAAUGUCACACAUAAUAGACUGUCAAAAGGUGAGCACAUAUUGUCAAAGCCACCAACAGGAAUUAGAGUUUAGCUAUGCAUGUACUCUGGGUAGUGCUUGGGCUCCUUUUUUUUGCAACAGCCACACCCACGAUCUAAAUUCUGCAAAACGAUCAAUGGGUACAAUGUAAUAUCUAUAAUGAAGUAGCUACGGUGUUUCAAUCUCUUUAUUCGUCAU